AUGGAGCUACCAGAGACGAUCUUGAUUGUCGGAGGCGGGGUGUUUGGAUUAUCAACCGCCUUGUCACUCUCAGAACGCCAUCCCAACAAGAAAAUAACUCUAAUCGAAGCCUCGUCCACAAUCCCCAACCCACACGGCUCAUCAGUCGACACCUCACGCAUUAUUCGCGCAGACUACUCAAAUCCCGCAUACGCCAAACUCGCGGCAGAUGGGAUCAAGAAAUGGCGCAGUACAGAAUGGGGUCAAGAAGGUCGCUACACAGAAAAUGGCCUGGCUCUACUAUAUACAGAAGGCAACUCUGAUUCCGAGAACUACACGAAAAAGAGCUACGAGAACGUGAAAAGGUUGUUGCAGGAGGAAGGCGAAAGCCUGGAAAGUAUUGCGGAGAAAUUGGUUUAUCUACCAAACCAAGCCGCGUUGGAGAAAGUUGUACCGCGAUAUGCGGCGGGCAUGAACAUCUCAGGAGGGUAUCUCAAUCGAGGAUCAGGAUGGGGUGAUGCCGAAGCUGGUGUGCGAUUCGCAAAGCAGAAACUUGAUCAGACGGGCAAAGUCGACGUCAAGCAUGGGGAAGUAGAAAGAUUGCUGUUUGAGGAGACAUCGUCAACUUCCCAGGCCAAAGUUACUGGCGUUAUACUGAAGGAUGCCACUGGCAGCACCUCGAUAAUCAAGGCAGACCUCGUCAUCCUUGCCACCGGUGCAUCGACAGGCAAUUUAGUCGAUCUGCGCGGCAUCGUCGACGCUACAGGUCAGGUAUUGGCAUACAUCAAAAUCACCGACGAAGAGCAGGCCCAACUUGCAGAUAUGCCCACCAUCCUCAGCUUCUCGACAGGUAUGUUCAUCAUCCCUCCACGAAACAACCUGCUCAAAAUCGCUCGCCACGCAUAUGGUUACUUGAACCCGUCGGAUGUUCCGAUACCUGGUGCUACCACCACCUCUUCAUCAUCACACACCAUGAAAAUCAGUCUGCCCGUGUAUGACCUAGCAAUCCCAGCCGAGGGGGAGAGAGCAUGUCGCCAGGCGCUACGUGAAAUUCUACCUCUGUUCGCCGAGAGACCGUUUGCGCGGACCAGGAUAUGUUGGUACUCGGAUACGUAUGUUAUCCAGCCCCCCUUUCAUAUACCCGAGUUGUACUUUUAUAUACACGAAACAAAAGACUCACCCAUGAACAGCCCUACCGGCGACUUCCUCAUAUCCUACCACCCAUCCCAUGCAAACCUCUUCCUCGCCACCGGCGGCAGCGGCCACGGCUACAAAUUCUUCCCUGUGCUCGGAGAUCAAAUUGUGGACGCCCUCGAGGGCAGACUAGAUGCCGAAUUACAGCAAUUGUGGAAAUGGCCGGAGCAGCGACAUAUUACUGAAAAGCACGGUGGAGAGUUUGUGGUGACCAAGGACGGGAGUCGGUCGGGGAAGAUCGGGAUGGUAUUAAAAGAUGAGCUUGCAAAGUCUAGUCGUUUAUAA